AAAGCAUGACGUGGCACACUGUGAUUUGCUACCUACUGUCAAGGCUCUGCCUUCGUUCACAUCUCUCUCUUCUUUCUCUCUCACACACGCGCACACAGUGCAAUUUUGCUGCUGAGGAGACAUCGUCGAUCUCCCGUCGUAUCUGCGAAUCUACGAUUUAGUGCAAGCUAGACGAUACGGCAGCAGCAUAAACAUGUCAGCGCUCUUCAAUUUCCAUUCAUUCCUGACAGUAGUGUUGUUGGGCAUCUGUGCUUGCACAUAUGUGAAGAUUCAUUUUCCGGCUCUUCUUGAGCAGAGAACUGGGUUUCGAGGUGUUUUCUGGAAGGCUGCUAGAAUAGGAGAGAGACUAAGCCCUUGGGUGGCGGUGGGGUGCUUUACAAUGGGAGUUUCAAUAAUUUUUUUCUGAAUAGACGUUUUUGUGUGUUUGAAGCGAGCUCAAAUAUCAGAUUAAAUGUCUAGCUAUUCUGUUCCUGUAUCAUGUAGUGGAAGUUUGGGUUUAGGAUUGUUGCGAAGCCACUAGUGUGGUGUUUGAUGAUGGCCUUUGUGCCACUGAUGUAACUUUACAAAGAACUAUUUUGUUUGAUUAUUUAUAUGGACGAAAGUUCCACCA